AAACAGAGUUUCAAAGGUACAGCUAUCGUGACGUCACUUAUCCGCGGCAGAGUGAGAGAGCGGCGACGAUCGGCUGCGGAGGAUACCGACCCCGCAGCGGGGACGGGACAACCGCCAGGCGAGAUGGCCCCUAUCCCCUUCGUCCUUGCAUCCCGCAUCGCAACGACCCCUUUGCACGCAUGAAGCCCCCGUUGAUGAAGCCAAAACCGGCCAAAGCAAGGCAGAAAAAGGCCACUGAGAGAGAGAAUGUACUGGCGCGUCGGGUUCGCCUGGACGCGAUCGUUUGUGGUUGAUCUUGGACGGAACCAGAGCUUCUCCUUCGGCUUGUGCGGCUCCAAUGAGCAGCUCUCGUUGUAUGGGUACAUCAUCGCUUACCCUCUGCAGGACUACGGCGGGAUCAUGCCGCUCCUUGGGUCGGACUCGUGGUGGCGGAAAACGCUCUAUCUGACCGGGGGCGCUCUGCUUGCCGCCGCUGCCUAUCUACUGCACGAGCUGCUCGCCAUCAGGAAAGAACAGGAGCUGAACUCUAAAGAUACCAUCAUCCUCCACCAGUUCUCCAGGCCAAAGAGUGGUGUCCCAUCUCUCUCCCCCUUCUGCCUCAAGAUAGAGACCUACCUGCGCAUGGUGGACCUGCCCUACCAGAACUACUUUGAUGGGAAGCUGUCUCCCCAGGGGAAAAUGCCAUGGAUAGAGUACAACCAGGAGCAGGUGUCUGGUGCAGAGUUUAUCAUCGACUUCCUGGAGGAGAAGCUGGGCGUGAGCCUCAACAAGAACCUCAGUCCUCCGGAGAAGGCUGUGUCCCAGGCUGUAACCAAGAUGGUGGAGGAACACUUCUACUGGACCAUAGCGUACUGUCAGUGGGUGGACAACCUGGAGGAGACCCAGAAGAUGCUGGCAGUGAGUGGGCCACUGAGUGACCUACUCAAGUGGAUUCUGAGUCGCCUGACUGGCAGCAUCGUGAAGAGGGAGAUGUACGGCCAUGGGAUUGGACGAUUUACCAGGGAGGAGGUCUACGCUCUAAUGGAGAAGGACAUGCGGACGCUGGCCACCCUACUCGGUGAUAAGAAGUACCUGAUGGGUCCUAAGCUGUCUAUGGUGGAUGCCACUGUGUUCAGCCAUCUAGCCCCUGCCAUGUGGACCCUGCCGGGCACAAGGCCAGAGCAACUCAUCAAAGGCGAGCUGAUUAACCUGGCCAUUUACUGUGAGAGGAUCCGCCGGCGCUUCUGGCCCGAAUGGUUCGUUGAUCUGGAGGAUUUCUGUUACGAUGACGCCACAGAGGACGACGACUCCCCGUCCAAACUCCAGGACCUGGGGCUCUACUCCCGUACAGACACCUUCCAGGACGAGGCCAGCCCUCCUCACACACACACAAUCUCACCAGACAGUGACCUCACGGGCCACUCGCUCUGCGACUCGGACAUGGACACAGAGUGCUCUGAGAUGGAGCAGCUCAAGUGUUGACUGCCCUAUGACACACACAAGACACACACACAACGCCUGGAUGGGUCUCGUGCCCCCCCCUCCCCCCAAACACAACGCCCUGUACCUGUUGAGCAGGGAAUAACUACUGGGGUGCAUUUCUGUUGCCAGAGGCUGUUGUUUGUGUUAAUGAGUGAUGGAUUCAGAGAUUCUACACACACGAUGGACUGCAGGAAAUGAAAGCCUGAAUAUAGAUAAAGGAAUAGAGAUAGAGAAGUAGAGAAAAAAACGGAGUAAAAUAGGAAUAGAGAGAAAAACAGCCAAAGAGUGAUAGAAAGAGGUAAAGAUAAACCGAUGGAGAAAAGAGUUGAGAAAAAGAAAGAUCAGGAGUUAAUGACGCCAUCGCUGUGAAACUCCUCUACCUGGGUGACAUCAACGCCUGUUGCCCAGUUUUGCAUUGUCGAGUUGUUGUUACCACGGCAACAACGUGGUGUGUGUUACCUGUGUCCCCCAAUUUGAGAUGCAUUGUGUGUUUGACGUACUGACCCCGUGACUUGCGUCCUUGCAAAAUAUGAAUCAUUCUAUUGAUAUUAUAUUGAUAUGUCAGACACUGUUCAGACAAGAUGCAGAUGAGUGCAGUUCCAUAUAAAUAUGUAAUCAGAUCCCAAAUCUGAUUUAAUAUGAGUAUAUAUAGUAUAGAUAGCCUGCUAAUUACAUAUAUGAUCCCAAUGUCAUAUAAUGCAAAUAUGUGGUUCUCCCAUACAACAUCUCAGUGCUUGUUAAAUAUGACCAAACUACCUGGUGACCCCCAACUGACACUUUUCAUCUGCAGUCAGGCCAUUGAAUAUUUCCUCAAUCCUUUUUAGAAUAGUCUGAUGUUAUGGAGGAGUUGCAGAUACUGUAGAUUGGGGACAUCUCAAAAGUCUAAAGUGGCUUCCUUUCCUCAUCUCCUCUCUAUAAUCUGCACAGAUCUGAAAACAUUGGAUAGGUGAAAGCAAUAUGGUGGAUGCCUACUUGUCCAAUUCUUCUUCCACUUGUCCAAUUCUUUCAUAGUAGAUGAAGAAAAGAAGAGGAGGAGAGGAAACUACUGGAGAUCCUUAGUUGUGUGUACUUUUAGCCAUUGAGGGCGGAUGUAACAAUCAUGUAGAAAUAGACUAGAUAGACAUGGAGUUGCAUGGCUGAUAGGUGCCAAUGAAAAUCACACUUUAUCCUGCUG